GAUGUGAGCGGUAGCGUCCGCGAAGUAAAAAUCAAGAUUGUCAACGAGAAGUACGAGGUUUCCCGGCGAUUGCUGGCAUUGACCGACAUCAAAGGCUGCAAGACAAGUUUGGGAAAGGUCGGCCAGAUCAAAGACACACUGAACGAUGUUUUCGAAGAGGACACCGACCGAGCUGCGUUCGCAAGGCUCUUCCUCUCCUUCUCUGCGGAUGGAGAGAAAGCAGAGCUCCUCACGGGCGACUUCGCAAAAGUCACCAGCGAGGCACAGGCCGCGCAGCUGGCCCUCGAGGACACCUCAUUGAACGGUUAA